AUGUCCGGAAGAAACGAGUCUCAAUGCGUCUUUGUGAAGACUAGUAUUGACACUCGUCUGGCGCUCCUCCUUGAUAGUGAUGAUAGUGUAUAUGCUUUCAAAGAGAAAAUCUGCAAAGAGCAUGAACAAUGUUUCCCAAGUGUUGGCAACAUCACUAUUUCUGCCUUGAAGGUUAACUUGGGUGGUAAUGAUUAUCACUUGUCAGAUUGUACGAUUUUAAAAACCGCUCUUCAAGGCCUCCGUAACAAGGACUGGUUUCUAUCAGUCGACCUAGUACGUGUCGAGGAGAAAGGUGAGCUGCAGAUUGGUGAAGUUGUUGAGAAGAAAGCAAGAAAGAGAAAAUCGAAAAGUGACAACAAAAGUAUAAAGAAACCCUCCAUAGAGACUCCAACAGAAGCAAAAGGCCUUGAAAGUGGUGAGGGAAAUGUCACUAAGAUGGGAGAGAAUCAGCAUAUUUGUGAUGCAGAUCAAGAGGGACCUGUCAAUGGUCAUACCAUUGAUGUUGAGGUCAAGCUUGAUCCUGUCGAUGGUCAUACCAUUGAUGUUGAGGCCAAGCUUGAUCUUUCAGGGACAAUGGAACAAGAAACUGAGAUGAGUGCCAAGGAAAAAGAUGGUGAUGAGGAGGCUAAAUCUGAGAAGCCUAAAAAGAAAAAAAGAGCAAAGAAAGUCAAGACUCCGACUAAAGAAGAUGGUCUAGUUGCUUCUAGCUCAAGGAACGCUGAGGAAGAUGGUGUCGCGAGAGAUCCGUAGGAGAAUGAGGAUAAAGUUGUGAAGAAGCCGAGCAAGAGAUCCAAGGAGGAGCAGUCUUUGAACGUUGUGGAGGAGGAUGCUUAAGUAUUGUCUCCUAUCACUUAACAGGAUCAUUCAUCGCUUCUCUUUUGAACUUUUGGUUUUUGUCUUUUGAACAUUUGAUGCUUUAUGUUUUUUCCGGUUUAAGCAAUUUAUUUCCUCUUU